AGGACAGAGAGUGAAACAACAAUAAUGCUAUGAAGUAUGAUUGAAGAUAAGUGCCAUACCAUUUUGACUUUGGCUCUGGCCUGAGCUUACUCAAACAUCUGUUUGUCUCGCCUCUCCGAUGUGAAGACGAUUUUCAUCCACCUGCUCUCGGAACUCUUAGUCUUAGGCCAGUGUGGGAAUCAUUUUACAUAACGUGGCUGGCUUGGAAAGCUGCAAGUAAAUAGUUCGAGUGCAAACGCCCUCUUCAGGCUCUUGCAACAUGAUGUGCACCUCAUACGAAGAGAUGGCGGAUGUGUGACAGAGCAACUUCAAUCUCCACCCAGACCUGAUUAAAGUCACGUGCGGCGUACUCCAGCGUGUACCGUCAACAAGCGUUCAAAUUCUACCGAUAUUUGUAUGACUCACGAAGCCUGAUUGCAAUGGACCGGCCACCACAGGCUGAGAAGCGGCAGAAGCAGCAGCAUGGCGCACGUGCACCUGCUAGCCACCGCCAGCACGGUAGCAGAGCUCCACAGAUCAUCAAGACUAACCCAAUGCCGGCUUCCCACAGCACUGCCAGACUUCGGAGUGCUCCAAAGCUGGCUAUCACUGCGAAAUCAUCUACGGCGGGAGUGGCUCCUGUCGGGAAACGGAAAGCGCCUGUGAAGCCAUUCUCUACACUUGCGCGGGAAACGGAGACUGCAGAAGCGACGGCAGCACCAAUUGUCACAUCUCUUGCACGGUGUAGUGCGGAAGACAGCUCAAGUAAUGUCAAGAAUGUGUCAGAUGAUGUCAAGAAUGAGCCAGAUGAUGAUGUCAGGGCAGACUUGAAUGACAUCAGACCUGAGCCAGACCUUGUCGCAAUUGAAUCAACGGAUGGCAAAGGCGAAUCUGACCAUACAGGUCCAGCGUCAGCUGCGAGCGCACCUUCCCAGAGUGUUCUAGCCUUCAUCGCUUCUGAAAUUAUGAGCCUGUCUGCUACGCCAUCCUCUGUAGGGGGUACAGGCUCCUCCAGUCAGAACUCGAACAGCAGCAUAACACCACCUGCAUCCAACAGUAGCGUGGACAAUUCUCAAGUUGUGGAGUCCAGUGCUGAUCUUUCCACUGCAAUGGCUCCUGGUGAGGCCAUGGCUGAAGAUGCUGGGGAGGCUAGCACUCCACUGUUGCUUGACGAGCAGAACGCAGCAGCUACACCGAGUGACUUGAUUAUCGGCGAAGAGUGGUCUGAUGCAAGCACACCUAUUCAAGCGGACGAGAGUGCCACAAGUGCGGACAUACUACUCAAGAGUAAGACUGGACAAGACGAGGGCCUUGGGUCCCAGCGUGAACCAUCGCAUGAGAAGUCAAUAUCUGGCAAUGCGAGUGACGUGCCUACAUGCAUGCCAGCUGACAGGCGAGUCCACUUCUCUCCAAGUGAACAAGUUGAACUCAAGGACAUUGAACGUAUGCAAGUAAAGCCUAGGGAAAAAGCCAAGUACAAUGAUUAUCUCAUCUCCCAGCAUGAAUAUGAUGCUGUUGUGCAGAAGGCCAGCCGAAAGAAGCAGAUACAGGAGGAGUUUGCGGCACUGAGAAACAAGAUGAAAGCCGAUAAUAGCCGGAAAGACAUUCUGAGAGUAACUUGUCGCAGGGCCCCUACUCAAUUCAAGGUGCUCUCAGCUGUGCAGAAACUAGAACCGAAAACACGUCAUGCACUCGACAAGGACAGCAUCCAUUACUUCUGCCACCCGCAUCAUAUUACUAGCCAGCUGCCACUGCCAGUCAUGAUUGCAUCGCUGCUGAGUCAUCCGAACGAGCCGCAGGUCAUAUGGCGACCGCGAAAGCCGACUGUUGUGCACCCUCCACCGCAAGCAACAACCAAAGGUGAUGCUGACGGUCAAACUCUGUCUAUGGAAAGAAGCAAAGCAGUCCUCCAGCCUCUUCUAGAUCGUAUGGACAAAGAGCUAGUCACCACUACAGAAUGGCUGCCGAAAUCUAUUGUAGAGCAAUUGACCGAAGGAGAUGCACAACCAAGUGAUUCUGCUAGUAGUCAAACUAAUUCUGAGACGAUGGUGGACGGAAAAGUCAAUUCACCGGAAAUGGGGAAGUCCCAUGCAAUGGAAGCGUCACGCCAACAUUCAAGAAAAACUAAGCUGGAUAAAUCAACGAAGGCAACUGAAGAUCACAGUGACAUCAAAGCGGAAACAAGACCCUGGAAACCUUUGCCUGUUCCAAAGAGGGUGGCUGGUAAGCAAUGGCCGCUUCGGUCAAUGAUCGAGCCGAGCACAGUGCAGAAGAAGAUGUGCAAAGUGUACAAUCCAGCUGAAAGUCAUGAGCUGGUCAUGGAUCUACUGCACACCAAGGAAGCUAGGGAUGCAGCUGACUUGGAGAACAGGAGGCGCAGGGAUGCUGAAAUGCGGAGCAUGGCUAUCGAGUCUGUCUUUCGGUCACGGAUGUACCGCCGUCGUUCAUACUCCAUCUGUGAUAUGAGCCUUUCCUUUUUUGACAACACGAAGGCAUCACCGCUGAAAAUCGACACUGGCACUGUAGCGACUGCAGAGACGCUGCCGUUGCCGUUCAGGGCAGCGCUGAUGUGUGAUGGCACGGCUCCAGUAACAACCCGCUGUAGUGUACACAGAGUUUUCAAGUUGGACGUUAGCAUGCCCGCUAGUGUGGCUGAGGAGCAGGAGCAGACGGACGAGCAACAGAACCUUACCAGACUUGAGUUUGAGCUGCGGCGCCAGCCAGCUCUACGCAAGUGGAAGUCCUGCCCCAACCUGCCAUAUGACACUGUUCUCACACUUGAUACAAGCUACAGUAUCACCAUGGAAGAGAUGAAAACAUUGCAGCAAAGCUUAUUGGCAGAAUCGAACAAGUCACAGGCAGCUGCAGUGGCUACGGAUGCUGACAGUGGUGGAAAGCUUAGUACUCAGGGAUCGAUGGUGAAUGCUGAGACCAGUAGCAAACCGCCCGCAAAAGUUCAUCGGCGCCGAACCAAAGCAAAGAUGCUGAAGAAGAAGCCAUCCAAGGCUGCAAGUGUUCCUGAGCAAUCACGGCAUGAGCUUCAACUGCCGUCUGAUAUACAAGUGCGGGAUAUGAAGCGCAAGAUGGUCUAUAGAGGUUGGGCAAAGGUGGACUUCAUUGUGAGAGCACUCAGGGAGACUCCGCCUGACAGGACAAUGAGAAGGAGGAAAUCUCUGUCCCGUUUACCGAGCAUGGUGACAAGAGAUGAAACAAUGGAGCCUCUUGGCGUGAUAGAAGUGCCAGCAAAGCCAACAGUUACUCGUAGGUCUUUAUCAACGGAUGAUGUGUCAGAGGUGUCAAGGGAUACUGUCAAGACAAAGGAACCAUGUCUCCGAGGCAUGGUGGAAGAAAUCGAGAAUGCUCGCUUCAGGUCACUCAGUGUGCCCCGUGUGCUGCCUGCAUUUACCCAGCUGAGAGACUGUUCGAAGGACAAGUUACCAUUAACUGACUAUGACUGGACGAAGAGCAAGUGGACUGAGUGGUAUGACGACUACUGGCGAUCUAAAGGCAUUGAUCCUGAGGAAGCAAGCAGGGUGGAUGGAAUGAAGCGAUUCACUUCAUUGCCAUUUGAAAAUGGAAAGACUUUACGGGAGCUGAGUAACGUAGCACCAGCAAUAGCAGACAGCAGCAUUCUCUCGCAAAUCAAGUUGGAGGUACAGCGGCUCACACCAAUCGCUGACAGCAAGCUGACAGGCAGUGCGCUACGUGCAACGGCCUAUUGCCGGCGUGGUGCUCUACUAAUGAAACUGGGUGAGCUACGGGAGUCAUUCCAUGAUAUGACCCGGGCAUUAGCGAUUUGCCCGCACUUUACGGAUGCUCUCUGGUAUCGGCACUUGUUGUGGCUAUUGCAGAAUCAAGAUGCUGAAGCUUUGUCAGACCUGAACAACAUGAUAUUUCAUGAUGGAAGCAGUGUUCGGGCGUACCGCGCUCGUGGUGACCUCAAGCUGAAACUUGGCAAGCUGAGCGAUGCCGUCCUGAACUAUACGUCAGCCAUCAGCCUCGCACCGGAUGACCCUGAGCUGUACUUCCAACGUGCUCAACUGUACGAAACUACAAAGGAGAUGGGGUUCGCGAUGGCGGACUAUGAACAUGUUGUGAGCCUGCAGCAAAGCAGCACUGAAGCGCUGUGGAGACUGACUCGUUAUCUUUUCUCCAACGGCCGCUAUCGUGAAUGCCUGGAUGGUCUGACACUGCUAGUCGAGCAGACCAAUGACAAGGAAGCAUACUUGUACCGUGGACAGGUCUUUGUUGAACUGGGUCAGCCUACAGAUGCCGUGAAGGACUUCUCAUCAGCGAUAGCACUGGAUCCAGACUGUAUUCUAGCAUACUAUUACCGUGGUCGUAUCCUGAUGAAAGCCCACUGGGAGCGUGCACUGAAGGAUUUCAGCAUGGCACUGCUCCUGGAUCAUGAAGUCAGCAUAAGCGGAGAGGUGUUCCUCCACCGUGGUGUGAUCUAUGCCCUGCAUCACAGAUUUGACGAAGCAAUACGUGACUUCAAAUCUGCUGUUACAACCAACUCGCAGGAUGCCUCCGCUCUGGUUUGCUUGGGACUGAUCUACAAGAAUUACAAACAUGACACGAAUGAGGCAAUGCGAUACAUAAACAUGGCAAUCGUAUGCAAGCCGACCUAUGACAGGGCACACGCAUGCCGUGCACAUCUGCACAGCAGUCUCAACGAGAGUCGUGCAGCUGUGAUCGACUACACUAAAGCUAUUCUACUGCAGCCAUGUGUACCGCAGUACUGGCUAUUCCGGGGGCGGUUGCUUCUUUCGCUGGACAAGCAGAAAUUGGCGCAGAGUGAUAUAUGCACUGCUGCGCGACUUGUUGCGGGCAUGGAUGCUACACCAGUACAGCAAGCUGUUGUCAACUUGUUCUUGGAGAAUGAAGACAAGGCCAUACGUGUUCUUCGUGAUGCUUCACACGAACGUCCAGGCUACAACAUCCUAUUUGAGCUUGGCAAAGCACUGAUGAAGACCAGUCAAUUUGAUUCCGCAAUGUCUUUCUUCAAGCGUGCCUUAUUUAUCAAGGAGAAAAUCGCUGCUCCCAGCCAGAAGAAGCAGGUCGUGAAAGGUAUUGCUGUUCGUAUUCAGAUGGAUAAGCGCACAGCUCGUGAUAUUGCCGAGUGUCACUUCCUGAUUGGCAAGUGCCAAAUGGGUCUGCAGCGCACCGAGCAAGCUGUUCAGUCAUUCAACACCUCACUGAAGUACAAUGAUGGAAAUGCAAAGGUGUACUACGAGCGUGGUGUUGCUUACAUUACACGUAAUCAGCGACGUGCAUUGUCUGACCUGCACAAAUCGAUCAGUAUCAGUCGAGAUAUGUAUGAUGCUUAUGUGACUCGCGCUGCCGUCUUUGGCAUGCGCAAAGAGCUGGAAUUGGCCAUCAUCAACUGCAACAAUGCUAUCCGACUACGACCACGCAGUGUCCGGGCUCACCUAUACCGGGCGAUGUUUCAUUUCGAGAAGGGCUUGCUGGAUGAAGCCCUUAGUGACCUGUGCAGCUGCCUGUCUCUUGAUCCAGCGUGCUCCCUGGCCUUGUACAACCGUGCAAUUGUCCACACAGCUAUGGGAAACAGGAGCAUGGCGCUGAACGACAACAGUACAGUGCUGUUGCUGUGUGAUGAGACUAAUUCUGAUUAUAAACACCUUGUGACAAACGCCUAUCUGAACCGUGCCAUGAUCUAUUACGAGAUGAAGCGCUACGACUGUGCCCUGGCUGACUACCAACAAGUUAUACUGCUUGACUUUAGAGGACUGGAUGUAUACCAUGCCAUUAGUGUAGCUUUGAUGCGAUCUGGAUUUCUCCGACAGGCAGUGGAUGGCUUCACGUACGUCUUGGGCGAAAAUCCACGCUCCGUUGAAGCCUGCGUCAGUCGAGGAAUGUGCUUCUGGGAGUACUGCCAUCCUGUCGGAGAUGCCAUGGCAAUUCAUGACUUUAGCCGUGCAAUUCUGCUGAACCCCUUGUAUACCAAGGCGUACAUUGAUCUCGGUCUGUGUCUCCAGAUGAAAGGCUGCUAUCGUCAAGCAUGGUAUCAGUUCACAACAGCCAUUACUAUCGACCCAGAUUGUGUGAUUUCACGAGAGGCUCGGGCAAUUCUCAAUCUGCAGCUCAGAGAAUUCGAUGCUGCUCUGCAAGACAUCAAUGUCGCUUUGAGGGUGAAGGAAACUGCAAGCCUGCUAACGACACGAGCUGUGAUCAACACGUAUGCCUGCAAACGGCAACUUGCCAUGUAUGACCUGGAGAAAGCAAUAGCCCUUGAGCCAACUUCGUUCCUGGCUCAAUUUAACGCUGGAUGCCUGGCAGCCCAACAGCGUCACUAUGCCAAGGCCAUGGAAUGUUUUGAUACAGCUGUCAAGCUUUGUCCUGAUGACGACUAUGCAACCUUGAACAACAGAGCCAUACUGUUGGCUAUAACCAAGAAUCCCCGUGGAGCAGAGCGUGAUUUGAGCACUGCAUCACGGUUGUGUCCGAGUGCAGCUUUUGUCCACUUGAAUCGUGGACACAUCCUGAGAAAGUUGAACAACAUUCCUGCAGCAGUGGAUGCCUAUACACAAGCCAUCAAUGCUGACUCAAGUUUCUUGGCUGCAUUCAAAGCUCGUGCCGUGUGCCACGAACGACUCGGCAAAGCUAAGAACGCCUUGGCUGACUUCCAGCAGGUACUGGAAUUGGACGCAAGAGAAUGAGCGGCUGUUUUGUUGUCCGCAACAUGUACGAUCUAUAUCAGAUCCACAUGAUCAGAGUUGGCUGUUACUGUAAAUAUUGAGUGUUUGUGUAAGACUGGCUUUUUGUACUGCUUCACUUGAUAGUUCCCUACUUGCCUGUAUACACCUUAUCAACAAUUUGCACAGUAUCAUUGAUCUUUUCAUGCUGUUUGGGCAUGCUUCUUGAAAGUCGUUAUCUAUA